AGAGGGAAAAGAGCUGAGCACAGUUAUAUGACCAUUCUUGAUGCUGGAGCUUACCUGCACUGAAACACUUCAACCAGACAUUGUUACUACACAGCAAGGACUCAGCAUUCUACCUCAGUGUUCAGUGAAUGAGCUGCUAAUACCUCAAGAGGUUACAUUGCAUUUCUAAUAAUCCAAAAAUGAGAAAAGUCGUUGGAAUUUGAGAGCCGAUUACACAAUUUAACACGCUGCAGCAACCAUAGGACUUUUACUUCUUACUCUGCUUUUUUAAAGGACUCUCUCUGGAACACUUUGCCAGGACUUUAUUUGAACUGACAGUAUAGUGUUUUAGUUGUUUUCAUGAAGGUGCUACACUUUGUGAGCCAGCAUUCUCAUUGGAUUUUGUACAUGUUUUAUGUAACGUGAGAAGACUAAUUCAGUCAGUGCUAGAACAACAUUUUUUUUUUUACACAUCCAGCUAUUUUAAAGGAACCUACCAACAGCAGGAUUUCGUGCCAUUAACAUUAAGUCACCUUCUGGAGACCUGUACAAAACUAUGGCAUUUGGGGACCUCCUAGAACAGGUGGGCAGCACAGGACGCUUCCAGGUCCUGCAUGUGACCCUCCUCUGCAUACCUGUCCUGAUGAUGGCCAGUCAUAACCUGCUGCAGAACUUUGUGGCUGCAGUGCCUUCUCACUACUGCAGCGCACACACAAACCUCUCUCAGUCCCAGCUGAGCCCAGAGGAAACGCUGCUGAUCACGGUGCCAUUAGACAAGUCAGGGAGGCCACAGAGGUGCCAGCGUUAUGUUGUUCCACAGUGGCACCUCCUGGCUAAGAAUGGCACCUCCGGCCCAGGGGAGCCGGUGGACACCACGGAUGUUUUGGAUGUUGACUUGCAGGGAUGCACAGAUGGAUGGUCCUAUGCCACAACUGAGAUGAGCUCCACAAUCGUAUCUGAGUGGCAUUUGGUGUGCGAUCUGCGCUCUUUGAAGCAAAUGGGGCAAACUGUCUACAUGGGGGGUGUUCUUGUGGGAGCUCUUGUCUUUGGAGGUCUUUCAGACAGAUACGGUCGGCGCAUCCUCCUGCUCAUUUCUAACUUGCUGAUGGCAGUGUCAGGAACAUGUGCUGCUUUCUCAACUUCCUUCCCCCUCUACUGCCUGUUCCGGUUUGGUUGUGGAAUGGCUCUCUCCGGCCAAGGACUCAACACCUUCUCGCUCAUUGUGGAGUGGAUCCCCACUCGUGUGCGGACUGUGGUGGGGACAAUAACAGGUUACUGCUACACAGUGGGACAGUUGAUCCUGGCAGUAAUAGCCUACUUCAUCCGGGACUGGAGGUGGUUAACCCUGGCUGUGUCUUUGCCCUUCUAUGUCUUCUUCCUCUUCUCAUGGUGGUUUCAUGAAUCUUCAAGAUGGUUAGCCCUGAAUAAUAAGUCUGACCAAGCCAUCAAGAACCUUAAAAGUGUGGCCAAAUUUAACGGGCGCCGCGAGGAGGGAGAAAAAAUCGACAUUAAAAUGCUGCAGGAGUCCAUGAAGAAAGAGAUGUCCUGUACUCAGGGCACCUACUCUGUCCUGGAUCUGUUCCGCAAACCCACAAUGAGGACAAUAACAGUCUGCCUUAGUGCUGUUUGGUACAUUUCCUGCUCAUAUUGUGGAAAAAAAAAAUUUCAUAAACAUUUUUUGAGCGCCAUCUAUGACAUUGCAAUGAUAACAUGCAUGUUUUUUAUACUUAGGUUAUCAACCAGCUUUGCCUACUACGGUCUUUCUAUGGAUCUGCAAAAGUUUGGGGUGGACAUCUACUUAAUCCAAGUGAUCUUUGGAGCUGUUGACAUCCCUGCUAAAGUUGUCAUAACUGUGUCUAUGAGUUUUAUAGGACGGCGUCCAUCACAAUGUGGUGCUCUCAUUGUCGCUGGGAUCACUAUUUUGAUCAACCUGCUGGUGCCUUAUGAUAAACAGACUAUACGCACCUGUCUGGCUGUUGUGGGUAAAGGUUGCCUUGCUGCGUCCUUCAACUGCUGUUACCUUUACUCUGGAGAACUGUACCCAACCAUCAUUCGCCAGAACGGCAUGGGCUGGGUAUCCAUGAUGGCUCGUGUAGGAGCCAUGGUGGCCCCUAUGGUGCUCCUCAUUGGGGACUACAUACCUUGGCUACCAGGUUUAAUCUUUGGAGCUGCGCCGAUCCUCAGUGGGGUGGCUGCAAUAUUCCUUCCAGAAACACUUGGCUCACCCCUUCCUGACACAAUACAAGAUGUGGAGGACAGGGGAUCUGGGAGAACCUCCAAAAUGUCACCAAAAGAAACAAUAAUCUUGCAAGACACCCAGGCGAAUUUCAUAAAGCAGGCUGCCUGAGGGCAUCUGUGUUGUACUCCUAAUGUUUUUGCUGACAUGUUAAUGCACGUAGAGUGGUCGCUGCUUUUUCUCCAGCCUGUCUAUUUGUUUGAUUUCCAUGAAAAGUUUAUUGUGUCGUAUGACUGCUGGACAAAUAGAGUUACAAGGUUAUGUUUGGACAGGUCAAUACAGUGACAGAAAUAGCUGCAAACAAUCAGAUCUGUGUUUAUGUCUUAUACAGUAGCUUUGAGGACUUUAGCCUCACUUUGGACCAAUUCUGUUUUAUAUUUUAAAUAUCUGUGUUAAAAAAGAAUGAUUUUUAAAUGUAAUGAUUCUACAGGUUAAAGACUAUGCUAUGCUUUUACUGGUGUUUUUGUAACUUCUUAUUACUUUAUAUACAACUCUGCAUUUGUAAACAAAAAUGUCGUUU